UUGAUUGCAAGGCAUGCAAUCUCUGUCACAUACCAACUAGCAUAGCAACCACGUAGAUCUACUGCGAUUAGAAGUUUGUAUUUACCUACACAGACCGCGGAUAUAUAUAUUAUUUAAUGUUAGUUGGUACAUUGUAUCUGCGCGGUUGUCUGUAGGAAUAUAGAUCUACCACAUCGGAGAAACCAGGAUGGAGUGGCAGCCGGAUGAACAAGGUCUGCAGCAAGUGCUUCAGUUACUCAAGGAUUCCCAGUCCCCAGACACAGCAACACAGAGAGCUGUGCAAGAAAAACUGGAACAGCUUAACCAGUUUCCAGAUUUCAACAACUAUCUCAUCUUUGUUCUCACAAGCCUAAAAUCUGAAGAUGAGCCCACUCGCUCUCUGAGCGGUCUGAUUCUGAAGAACAAUGUGAAAGCUCACUACCAGAACUUCCCUCCCAAUGUGGCAGACUUCAUCAAACGAGAAUGCCUCAACAACAUCGGAGACCCUUCACCGCUUAUCAGAGCUACAAUCGGCAUUCUGAUCACGACCAUCGCCUCCAAAGGAGAGCUGCAGACCUGGCCAGAGCUGCUGCCUCAGCUCUGUAACUUGCUCAACUCGGAGGACUAUAACACCUGCGAGGGUUCUUUUGGAGCACUGCAAAAGAUCUGUGAGGAUUCAUCAGAGUUGUUGGAUAGCGAUGCUUUGAACAGACCUCUUAACAUCAUGAUCCCCAAAUUCCUCCAGUUUUUCAAACAUUGCAGCCCCAAGAUCAGGUCCCAUGCUAUAGCUUGUGUGAACCAGUUUAUCAUUGGCCGAGCUCAGGCUCUGAUGGAUAACAUCGACACCUUUAUUGAGAGUCUGUUUGCUCUGGCCGGGGACGAGGACAGUGAAGUGAGGAAGAAUGUGUGCAGGGCUCUGGUCAUGCUCCUAGAAGUCCGAAUUGAUCGUCUCAUCCCUCACAUGCACAGCAUCAUCCAGUAUAUGCUCCAGCGGACGCAGGACCCAGAUGAGAACGUGGCCCUGGAGGCCUGUGAGUUCUGGCUGACACUGGCUGAACAGCCCAUCUGUAAAGAGGCCCUUUCUGGCCACUUGGUCCAACUGAUACCUAUACUGGUGAAUGGGAUGAAGUAUUCUGAGAUAGAUAUCAUUCUACUAAAGGGUGAUGUUGAAGAGGACGAGACGAUUCCAGACAGCGAGCAGGACAUCAAGCCUCGCUUCCACAAGUCCCGCACUGUCACUCUGCAGCAUGAAGGAGGGGAGGGCGAGGAGGGUGAGGACAUCGAUGAAGAUGAGGACGAUGAUGAUGACACGCUGUCUGAUUGGAACCUACGGAAGUGCUCUGCUGCCGCUCUGGAUGUUCUUGCCAACGUGUUUCGUGAGGAGUUGCUGCCUCAUCUCCUCCCCUUGCUCAAAGGCCUGCUUUUCCAUCCUGAUUGGGUCAUCAAGGAGUCCGGCAUCCUGGUGCUUGGGGCUAUUGCUGAGGGAUGUAUGCAGGGUAUGGUACCUUACUUGCCUGAGCUUAUCCCUCACCUCAUCCAGUGUUUAUGUGACAAGAAGGCCUUGGUGCGCUCCAUUGCCUGCUGGACCCUCAGUCGCUAUGCCCACUGGGUGGUCAGCCAGCCCCCUGAUGCUCACCUCAAACCCCUCAUGACGGAGCUGCUCAAACGGAUCCUGGAUGGCAACAAGAGAGUACAAGAGGCUGCAUGCAGUGCAUUUGCCACUCUGGAGGAAGAAGCAUGCACAGAGCUGGUACCAUACCUGAGCUUUAUCCUGGACACCCUGGUUUUUGCUUUUGGGAAGUACCAGCACAAAAACCUCCUCAUCCUCUAUGAUGCCAUAGGAACACUGGCAGACUCUGUGGGACACCAUCUCAACCAGCCUGAGUACAUACAAAAGCUGAUGCCUCCACUGAUAGCCAAGUGGAAUGAGUUGAAGGAUGAGGACAAAGAUCUCUUCCCUCUGCUCGAGUGUCUGUCAUCUGUUGCCACAGCGCUGCAGAGCGGCUUCCUUCCCUAUUGUGAGCCCGUCUAUCAGCGCUGUGUCACCCUGGUCCAGAAGACCCUUGCUCAGGCCAUGAUGUACAGUCAGCAGCCAGAUCAGUAUGAAGCACCCGACAAGGACUUCAUGAUUGUGGCCUUGGAUCUUUUAAGUGGCUUGGCAGAGGGACUCGGAGGCCACGUGGACACACUCGUGGCUCGCAGUAAUAUCAUGACCCUGCUUUUCCAAUGCAUGCAGUCCCAGGAUACGAUGCCCGAAGUAAGACAGAGUUCAUUUGCUCUGCUGGGUGACUUGACCAAGGCUUGCUUUCCUCAUGUCAAACCCUGUAUCGCUGAAUUCAUGCCAAUCCUCGGAACAAAUCUGAACCCAGAGUUCAUCUCCGUCUGCAACAACGCUACCUGGGCCAUAGGAGAGAUCUGCAUGCAGAUGGGAGUGGAGAUGCAGCCAUACAUUGCUAUGGUUCUGAACCAGCUGGUGGAGAUUAUUAAUCGACCCAAUACUCCCAAGACCCUGUUGGAGAACACCGCAAUCACCAUUGGCCGGCUGGGCUAUGUGUGUCCUCAGGAGGUCGCGCCCAUGUUGCCGCAGUUCAUCCGACCCUGGUGUACGUCUCUCCGAAACAUCCGAGACAACGAGGAGAAAGACUCCGCCUUCCGUGGGAUUUGCAUUAUGAUUGGCGUGAACCCUGGAGGUGUGGUGCAGGACUUCAUCUUCUUCUGUGACGCUGUGGCCUCCUGGGUCAAUCCUAAAGAUGACCUGAGAGACAUGUUCUACAAGAUCUUGCAUGGUUUUAAGGAGCAGGUUGGGGAGGAGAACUGGCAACAGUUUUCAGAGCAGUUCCCACCACUGCUGAAGGAGAGACUGGCAGCCUGCUAUGGGGUUUAGAUUCUCUACACCCACCUAAGAGGUGAGCCAGCAGGAGGAGGGUGAAUGGGAAACUCAUCCAUCUGUGUAUUGCACUGCCCUGAUCUGGGGGGAGGGAGAGGGAUGCUAUUGGCCGCUCCCCCUGAUGGACGGCCCCCACGCCCUAUGUGUUUGUCCAUAGAGGGAGGGUAGGCGGGUGGGAGGGAGGGACAGGGAGGACACCUCUAGAUUAACUAGGCAGGGACCUGACACAGAAAAACUAACUGGUAGGGACAGAUAGAGAGGGACAGAGAGAAGGAGACGGAGAAGAGAUGGAGGGAGAGACAGGAUGGGAAAGAGGAGAGGCAGGAAAAGAUACCAGCAUAGAGUGAGUUCAGGGAAAGAAACUGAGGGAAUUCAGUAAUAAGAAAGGGAAAAAAGAGCCACAGAAAGGUCUGUUACUUGGCUUUGAGGACAGGGACAGCUGAGAUUUUAAUGGGAUUCUUAAACUUAAGAGUAAUAGAUUUCUUGACCGACAGAGACAGACCAAUGAACACAGACUCUCACACUUUAACUUGCACAUGCUGUACAUUCAGUACAUGUAACAGACUGUGGGUGGCACUAUAAUUUAGACUUUUUAAGACCUACUACAUGUAGUUAGGGACCGACAGGUGUCUAAAUUCUGUUCAUUUUCUGGGUGAUACAUUUCUUUUCCGGGGAAUAGGAUUCAGUAUAAAUUACUUCAUCCAUAGUCACUGAAACAAUACUUAACUGUAAGAUAAUCUAGCUAUCUUCAUCUGUGUUUCCUACCUUCAUUUUUGACCAGAGUGCUGCUUCACAGAGCUUUCUAUCUAUCAGACGUAUUCCUGUCACAUUUUCUACCUGAUCAAACCAGAGUAAGAGAGCAGGAGGGAAAAAAAACUAAGCAUCUUUUCCUCUUGGCUUCACAGCAACCAUUCCUCUAGGAAGGGAGGAUUAGGGCUAACACAUUUGUUUUCUCACCAGAGGGGGAGGAAAUAUUACCAAGAAAAUCACAUUUUUAGUUGUCUCUGUGCAGUUUUGUGCGUGUGAAUGUGCACGCGCGCACGUGUGUGCAUGUGCAGUUUAUAAAUCCUUACUUCGGCAUUCUGUGUUAACAGUCCGUGAAAUGUGUAUUGUUUUUGAUAUGGUACCGAGCUAAAACUUGACUCCCACCGCGAUGUCCUUUGGCACCUGUUAACUGUGACCAAGUGUGUGUGUGUGUGUGUUUGGGGUUUUUUUUUGUAUGUGUGUGAGUGUGUAUGUGUUUGUCUACAUUCGUACUGAUAUCCAUUUGAUGCCAUAUCAAUAUCUUAAGUAAAACAGUGAUUGGCAGUGUCAUUGUGAUCUUUAUAAUGUUUUAAAACUGGUCCUUUUUUGCUGCUACUGAUGAUUCUUGUUUUUUUUGUUUUUGUUUUUUUAUAUAGUGGAUUUAAAUUCGCACACUUAACACAAAAAAUGAAUUAAUGCUAUUUUCAGUGACUGUUAAGUUGUUUUUUUGCACUUUUUUUAUUUUAUUUUACCUAUAUUUCGUUUUUGUAUGUAUUCUUUUUUUAACCUCACCCAUAUGAUAUGUUUUGACCCUAAUGUCAGUGUUUGUCAUACUGUGUUGCACUGUGAAAUUAAGUGUCUGUGACUGGCAAAAAUAUCCCAAUACUAAAUGGCAAAUAAAAAUAACUUUGUGAAACUGCGACUAAUCCGCACUUUUACAAUGACUAACCUUGCCAUAUUGCUGAGUGGUACGUGUGUGCGUGUGAAUGUGUGUGUGUGUGUGUGUGGGAUCCUGCAUGUGUAGGUGCGCAUGAGUACCUUUUUUUUUUUUUUUUUUUUUUUUACCUAUGAGCAUGUUUUUGAUAGUUUAGUUAUGAUGUGUGCACAGUAGGGAUGCAAAUUAUAUUUUCUUUCUGUAUUUGGAAGGGUUGUAGCCUGCCCCAGCAUACUUUGUGUGCAUGCUCAGUGUCGGUGUUUUCACUUUGCGUGCGUGUAUGUGUGAAAGUGUGUGUGUGCAGUUUGAUGGAUAUUUUAGAAUAAAAUGAUUGCCCUUUACACCAACACACCACCUCAAAUCACAAUAAGACAAGAGCACAGUACACUUAAAAUAAUAAAAGCUAGGACACUGCCAAAGAGCAAUAGCCACUGAAAUUUUAAAAGCAGACAGUGAUUAGAGGUGAGCUGCUAUUUCCAAUAGUCACCUUGUUUGUCGUGCUGGUGUAGAGUUAGACGCACAGUGGGGCUUUUAUGGAUAAUCAUUGUUAAGGUUUUUCCAGCAAAAUUGACUACAGGGAUUUUUUUUUUCCAUUUGAUAAUCUGCCAGUGUUUUGCAGCAUGUUGACAUUUGGAAACACGCAGUGGUACUUGGUUUGACCUAGACUGUGACCAUAGAGAUAAUCAAACCGAUCCUUAGUUAUUUCAAAUAUGAGACAAUCUCAACCCCAGUUUAAUUCUCUCGCCACUGUCUCUUAGUUCAAAGCUUGAAAACACACAAAUGUUUGUGGUUUUUUGCUUUACUGCUAUUUUUUUUUAAUCUUCAUGAGCAGUUUUUGUAUUGGCAACGUCGGUGUAUUUUGUUUCUUUGUCUGCUUCAGUGCCAGUCAAAAUUAUGAUGAAUUUGAAGUGAAAGUGGGGGCGUCACGGCUUCUUUAAGAGGAGAAGAAGCAGUUUAUGUGUCCGUUCUGUUUAUAUAAUAAAAAGCAUGAUAAUGUUGCAGUUUGGCAGAAAGACUUUGGUACUUUUUGUUUUUCCUGUGAAUUCCUCUCGCCAGUCGUGUUCCCUUUUUUGGAAGAUGGGAAUAGAAAUAAAAAUGCUUUCAAGUCUAUUAUAUGAUUUAUAGUUUGUGUGGAAUCUCAAAAGUCCAGAUGGAUAGUGGAGUCUUGAAAUAAAUCAU